AUGACUUUUUAUUUUUCUAUUACGUUGAAUAUAACGAAUAGGGAGCUCUUUGCGACCGGCUUUGAACCCCUUUCAGCCAUAUGGAGAGGCCUCUGGAGGCAAUACUUCGAGACGUUUUUCUCUUUUGUCUGUCCUCCGAAGACCGCAAAGAAACCCAUCUACAAUCACAAAAAAUAUCGAAGGUCUGUACCUGGUGAUGACCUUUCUGAUUAUGAAAACCUUGAUUCUUUGACAGACAUAGAGACAAGACGAAAGUUUAUAUUAAAAUUAGGGAAAGCGUUGCUGACUUUCGGCGCGCCCUCCCACCGCAUAGAAUCUCAGCUACUUGCUGCAUCAAAUAUCCUUGAUGCUCGUGCAGAAUUCAUUCAUCUUCCCAACAUAAUUAUAGUUUCCGUUCGCAAUGAAGACCCGCAUUCAACUCGGACAUAUUUUAUACGCUCCAGAGGGCGCAUUGCCUUAACCUCUCUGCAUAAAGUUCACGAAAUAUAUAGGGAUGUCUUACACGACCAUAUAGGAGCGGAAGCUGGGACUGACGCCCUCCGACAAGUGCUAAGAUCACCGGCUAUUUACUCCUUGAAAUUGAGAUGCUUUUUCGCCUUUUUGUGUGCGUCUAUUAUAUGCGGACUGUCGUUUGGGGGCUCCCUUGCAGAUAUGUGGAUCAGCGGCGCUUGUGCAUCUUUCCUUCAAUAUCUUGGUUUGAACGCCGCAAAUAAAAGCUCGAUGUACGCCAAUGUCUAUGAAAUAUCUGUGUCCAUUGUAGUGGCUUUUAUUGCUCGAGCCUUGAGCAAUCUUCCCGGAGAUAUGUUUUGCUAUAGUGCAAUAUCGUCUGCUGGCGUGGUCGUAAUUCUUCCGGGUUUCACUGUUUUGAUCAGUGCUUUGGAACUUAUGUCGAAGAACAUUUUCUGUGGGUCUGUAAGGAUUGUGUAUGCAAUCAUAUACACGCUGUUUUUGGGUUUUGGGCUAACCAUUGGAUCUGAUUUCUAUUUGGUCAUUGAUCGACAUGCGCGUCGCGAGUAUUACAGAAGUGCCAUCCCGGACAAUCUGAUCUACAUUCAUGGUCACUUUUCAGGCCUGAAUGGCACCAAAUCUCCCGUCUCAACAAACGGUGUUCUAGGUCUGGGACUUGCAACUACUGGAAACGCUCCCGAUCAUACCAUCAAAGGGUGCAUUCGUCUUCCAAUGUGGCCGUUCUGGAGGCAGCCUUUACCCUGGUGGACGCUAUUUUUUUUGGUUCCCAUUUAUUCUACUUGCUCCUCAUUGUCGAACCUACAGUACUGGCGGAGUCUACAGCUGCCAUUGAUGGUCCUUUUUUCAUGUUGCGCUUAUGCAGCAAAUCGAGCUGCGAGCUUGGUACUACCUGGAAGGACCGAUAUUGUCUCUGCAGCUGGCGCCUUCGUUAUAGGAACUUUGGGUAAUAUUUAUUCACGAGUAGUACGUGGAACCGCGUUUACUUCGAUGGUAACGGGCGUAUUGUUCCUAGUUCCUUCGGGCAUCGCCCAAGGAGGCGGGGUUACCCAAACAUAUCACAGUUCUGCUGAACAAUACUCUAGUGGUUUCUCCCUUGCUCUUCGCAUGAUCACUGUUGCUGCCGGGGUUACUAUUGGGUUGUUUGUAAGUCAAGUCAUAGUGUAUCUUUUUGGCACUCGAAAAAAUGCUGCUCACUUCGCGUUUUAA